GUGACUCGCGAGACUAGUAAGUCGGCGUCUGACAAGAUUACAGAGUAACUGUUGUUGUCUGCGCUGUAGUAUUUGUGUCUGGAGAUUUUGAGGACUUCCCCAUUGUAGCUGGAACAUUGUCUUUAAAAUGGGUUGUUUGUGGCCCAAACCUGGGGAUGAGUCGGCUCAACAAGAAGAAGCUCCCAAAGUAUAUAGUUGGGAGAGAAAUGACAGACCUGAUCCAAAAGACUUCACAAUAGAAAAUUUGAAAGGGGAAACUGUUGGUCGAGUACCUGGAACAAUUAAUGGGCAGCAGUUCAUCCUGAAUAAUUGCGAGGAUUGCAAUAUUUAUAUUUAUGAUCAUACAGCAACAGUUACAGUAGAUGACUGUGUCAAUUGUAGGAUAUUUAUAGGACCCAUAAAAGGAAGUGUUUACUUCAGAGAUUGUAAUAACUGUAAAUGUGUUGUAGCAUGCCAACAAUUCAGAACAAGAGACUGUAAAAAGAUGGAUAUAUUUCUAUGUUGUCAAACACAGCCGAUCAUUGAGUCCUCCAUUAACAUGAAAUUUGCUUGUUUUCAAUAUUACUAUCCAGAAUUGAAAGAUCAUUUCAAGAAGUCAGAUCUCAGUGUAUACAAUAACAAUUGGAGUAGUAUUCAUGAUUUUACACCUGUACCCGGUGAACAAAAUUGGUCUCUUCUUCCAUCGGAUGCCAAACUUGAGGAACAUGUUCCUAUACCAACGACUGAACAAUUUGCUAAUGUCGGAAUAUCAACUGAUGUAGAUAAAAGCACUGUGCCUUUGACAUUAGGAUCAAGAAGAAAAGCAUCUGAUGAAUCUUGUUUAGUUGCAUUCUUCAAUGCUGGUUCAGAAACAGAAGAUAAAGUCAGGCAGUUUAUUGAGAAAAUGAGAGAAGAGGGUACAUGUACUUUAGUUCAGAGCAAAGAAAUUCCAAUGAAACCAGACGAAGCUACUCGUAUUUUUGGUAGUGAUCCAAAGUAUUCAGCUGCUGCAUCCUCAGGUGAUGUAAUUGGUUUGGAAUACAAUGGAGAUCAAGUAAUACAGAAAUGCUCUUCUAUCAUACAGCCAGUCAUUGGUGAUUCCACAUUCUACAUAUCAGAUAAUACUAGAAGUUCAGCUCAGGAGGAUAUAGAUGGUUUCUAUAAUUUUGCUGAUAUGCAGAUGGCAAUGUAGUGUCAUUUCCCACCAUCAGUGAAUAAUAGAUAAAGUUGUCUAAUUUAGGUAAACUUUUUUAAUAAUGGCUCAUCGAAAGAGAUGGUUCAAACAUCAAUCUUAUAAAAAUCUAUGGCUCAAAGUCAUUUUGCUGUUUGAUGAUACUGAUAAUGUAGGCCCAUGCUUGACCCCAACAGGUCACAUAUCCUGUCACUAUUGAUGAGAAUUUUUCAAAUAUUUUUUUCUCAAAAUACAAGCAAUUGUCAUUUAAUUUAAAACAGGUUAAUAUGAUGAAAAAAAGAUUUGUUAUUAUAAGCAUAAAUAUACCCAAGAAUUGACAGAAUGUGUGACCUUUUAGUCAGGAGUUUCCUGUAAAACCUAGUUUUUUGCAGUACUAUGUGGAUGAAUUAUUUUUAUAUUUUGCUUAAUGUUUUGAACAUUUCUAUGAAUUGUCCGCUGAAAGCUUAACUUAAGCUGUUGUAUCCUUGUACACCCAAUUGUCAUCAUUGUAAAAUGUACUUAACACACUAUACUUUGUACACUGCAUCACCCACUGUAAACUAAAAAUGUCUACAUAUAGUUCUUCUGAUUUGUACUUAAAACAAAUAUUAUUUUAUACAUAGUCUAGUUGUGGCUACCAAAAUUUGCAUAGUUUAUUGAAAUUCACUGCCACACUGCAAACAUGAAGAUGAAAUGUCAAAUAUUAAGAUAGAUGCUUGCUCUUUAAUCAAAAUACACAGAAUAUAUUCAUUUGGAAAUAAAUUGUACUCCCAGUCAGUAAAGAAUAUUGACUUGUUUGGGGUUGAGGGUCACCAGUUUAAUUUUUGAGAAAAUGAUUGUUUGUAAUUUAGUAAAAAAGUGGCCAUUUUGGAUAGUACCGUAAUAGGAUUCUUUUACCAUUGAUUUCUAUGUUGAAGGUAUUAUGCCAUAUUUAUGUUUGUAGUCUGGUGACAUGGGGUGAACAAAUCAUAUACCUGGUAACAUGACUAAUACCCCAUCCCACCUAAGUUAAACCACAAGCAUUCAACAUAAUAAUUAGGGGGAAAUGUAUCAAAAUCUUUUGUUUUCAAAUUAUUGAUUUUGACACAUAUCAUAAACUUUUGGGAUUUUUUUCUCAAUGUAAAAUAUUUGUUUGGUGAAUUUUUUGAACAAUUUCCAUAAAAGGCCAUUUUAAAACAAUAAUUCUUAAAAUCCUAAUAAUUCCUUACAACCAUACAAUGUAUAUUACCCAUCUGAUAACCCAAUUUGUUAUGGUGAGUACUUUUUAUCAUAAGAACUAUAGCGAGCGCAAUUACAGAGGGACUUUGCAACAUCUCCAGACACUUUUCUAGACACUCCAGUGGUCGUUGUAGACGCAAUAAAGUUACAUACAUAAUGGAUUGACCUAGUGUUGCCAAUACUAUUAUUAACAUUGAAUGAAGAAGCUUAUUCAAUGACCUAAAAUGAAUAUUUUUAGGUUUUGAAAAAUUACACAAAAAAAUAUUUUCUACGUGACAAUACGCAUUAUGAGUCUA